UGUGGGUUCUCUCCUUUCCCACACUCCGUGCUGUCCUGGGCUUCUGACUGCAGGCUUGAAUCCAGGAACGGAAGGAAGACCCUGUAUGCACCCUUGGUCCCUGACGGGACAACGCAGGCAUGGCUGACGUCGCCAACCACCUGCCCUAUUUCUUCGGCAACAUCACCCGGGAAGAGGCAGAGGACUACCUGGUGCAGGGUGGCAUGAGUGAUGGGCUCUAUCUACUACGCCAGAGCCGCAAUUACCUGGGUGGCUUCGCCCUGUCUGUGGCACACGGGAGGAAGGCACACCACUAUACCAUCGAGCGGGAGCUGAACGGGACCUACGCCAUUGCCGGGGGCAGGACCCAUGGCAGCCCUGCCGAACUCUGCCUCUAUCACUCCCAGGAGUCAGAUGGCCUCGUCUGCCUCCUCAAGAAGCCCUUCAACCGGCCAUCUGGGGUGCAACCCAAGACUGGACCCUUUGAAGACCUCAAGGAAAACCUCAUCAGGGAAUAUGUGAAGCAGACCUGGAACCUGCAGGGUCAAGCUCUGGAACAGGCCAUCAUCAGCCAGAAACCUCAGUUGGAGAAGCUCAUUGCCACCACAGCCCAUGAAAAAAUGCCCUGGUUCCAUGGAAAAAUCUCUCGGGAUGAAUCUGAGCAAAUUGUCCUAAUAGGAUCAAAGAUAAAUGGAAAAUUCUUGAUCAGGGCCAGGGACAACAACGGGUCCUACGCUCUGUGCCUACUGCAUGAAGGGAAGGUGCUGCACUACCGCAUCGAUAAGGACAAAACGGGGAAGCUCUCCAUCCCCGAUGGAAAGAAGUUUGACACGCUCUGGCAGCUAGUUGAGCAUUAUUCUUAUAAACCAGAUGGUUUGUUGAGAGUUCUCACCGUCCCAUGUCAAAAAAUUGGUGCGCAAGCAGGACAUAUUAAUUUUGGAACUCGUCCCCAACUCCCAAGCUCCCAUCCUGCGGCCUGGACAGCGGGUGGAAUAAUCUCAAGAAUCAAAUCAUACUCCUUCCCCAAGCCUGGCCAAAGAAAGCCCCCAUCCCCCGGGAACCGACCGGAGAGCACUUUCAACCCCUACGAGCCAGACCGAGGGCCCUGGGCUGCGGAACGAGAGGUCCAGAGAGAAGCCUUGCCCAUGGACACUGAGGUGUACGAAAGCCCCUAUGCAGACCCUGAGGAGAUCAGGCCCAAGGAGGUCUACCUGGACCGGAAGCUGCUGACCCUGGAGGAUAAGGAGCUGGGCUCUGGUAAUUUUGGGACUGUGAAGAAGGGCUACUACCAGAUGAAGAAAGUCGUAAAAACAGUGGCUGUGAAAAUUCUGAAAAAUGAGGCCAAUGACCCUGCUCUUAAAGACGAGUUACUAGCAGAAGCCAAUGUCAUGCAGCAGCUGGACAACCCGUACAUUGUGCGCAUGAUUGGGAUUUGCGAAGCCGAGUCCUGGAUGCUGGUGAUGGAGAUGGCAGAACUCGGUCCCCUCAAUAAAUACUUACAGCAGAACAGGCAUGUCAAGGAUAAGAACAUCAUAGAGCUGGUUCAUCAGGUUUCUAUGGGAAUGAAAUACUUGGAGGAGUGCAAUUUUGUGCACAGAGAUCUGGCUGCAAGGAAUGUUUUGCUAGUUACUCAACAUUAUGCCAAGAUCAGUGAUUUUGGACUUUCCAAAGCACUUCGUGCUGAUGAAAACUACUACAAGGCACAGACCCACGGGAAGUGGCCAGUUAAGUGGUACGCACCAGAGUGCAUCAACUACUACAAGUUCUCCAGCAAGAGCGACGUCUGGAGCUUCGGAGUGCUCAUGUGGGAAGCGUUUUCCUACGGGCAGAAGCCUUACCGAGGAAUGAAAGGAAGUGAAGUUUCCGCCAUGCUGGAGAAAGGAGAGAGGAUGGGCUGCCCCGCAGGCUGUCCAAGGGAGAUGUACGAGCUGAUGAACCUGUGCUGGACAUAUGAUGUGGAGAACAGGCCUGGAUUUGUAGCAGUGGAACUUCGGUUACGAAAUUACUACUACGAUGUGGUUAACUAACUACUCCGUGCCUGUCUGUGGCUGCAUUCCAGCAAAGAAUCACAGGAAAAUGUAUUCCAGUGCAUGGAUUUUGAGUGUCUCCAUCUCCCUCGCUUCAAGACAGCAAGCCUCAUGGGACAGGCCCAUGACUGAACCCCAAAGCCUGCCCUGGAACUCACCCUCCACAUAGCAAAUGUGUCCCAGAAGAGCUGUGGGAGGAAAAACAGACAACUGGAUCCAAGUGUCCACAGAUUCACUUGUUUUCUGUCUUUGUGGUUGUGACAGCUGGUUAUUUUCAGAAUCUUUCCAGAUUCCUCUUUUGUCUCAUCAUCUCUUGUUCUGGGCUGCAUUGGACCACAGGGCAAGCAUAGAGGCAUUGCCAGGACUUGUGUGCCACCCUGCAUUUUAAGUGCUGAAAGGAUGCAGUUAGCAGUGGGGCUUGUGGACGAAAGGAAAGGGGAGAAAAUGGGGCCUGGCUGCCUCCAGAACCUGGCUCUGACUGGCCAAGACGCUGAGUGAUGCCACCGAAAAGCUUUCCUGAUGAUAAAAGUGCUUUGAGACUUAAAAAAUAAAGCAAACUGGACCAGCGUAGUUCCUAAGUAAGUUGCCAGUUCAGUGGGUAAAGUCAAGAUGGAUGGAUACUCCUGUUGCUCUGAAUGUUCUGAGACAAAAGAUUCAUGUCUGUGUGAAAAAUGGGACCUGUUAGAAUGAAUUGGUUUGGUUUAUUUCCCCUGAGGCCUCUCCCGCACACUCUCAGGAGACUGUACUUGAAUGGAGAUGAAUAAAUCAGUCUUUUCACGGGGACCACGCAGGGGAGCAGGAGGCUGUUAUCUCAAGUCUGACCAAGCACAGACAGCAUUGGGCUGUGAUCCACAGCCUGUGCCCUGCACUCCCUCCCCUUGCACAGAGGCUGCUGCCAGAAUGCCCUGGUAAGGACAACCUGAUGGCCGGGCAUCUAAAAUGAGUUUCUAAGAAAGUGUGGAUUGGUAAUAAAGCCAUACACUCUGGCCCUUGCCAUGAGUAGGCCUUAUUGAGUUGACUUUGGGUUGAAGACCAAGACCUGAGAAUUCUUUUCUAGUACCCCAGUUUUAGUUAAUCCUUGACUGAUGUUUAACUAUAAAGUCAUCUGCCCACUAAUGUCAAUUUUGUUGUGACCCUUGAUAAUUAAAGCGUUAUUUAGCCUUCUUUCUUAGGUCAUUCAAAAUCCAUAGCUCACCAUCUCUUCCUCAGUUGCACAGAAUACAUUUGAAAGUAAGUGUCCAGCUUACAGAGGUAGGAAGGUUCCACUCCCAAAAGAGGACAGCCAGGCAGAAAGAAAGAAAAUUGGCACCUUUGCUUGGCCAGAAGAUAGGAGUCACUGGGAUAUCUUGUGUUUAAAAAUUGUUAGAAGCCAUGGAUGCUUUUUGAAAUCGUGCUGUCUGGUAGUUCAAUCAUUUUGUUCAAAAGAGGAUCCCUUGUGUGUUGGUCUGAUGUAAAAUACAGUGAUGAUAAUGUUGGGAGUCCUUGCCAUGAAAGGGAUUAAUGGUAACCUCUCUAUUGGUCAGGCCAAAUACAGAUUUAAAAUCAUAAAAGGAAGGGCUGGCGGGGCUGCCUUUUGUAGAGUGGCAAUGACCUCGGGGAAGCAAGCCAUGUGCUGAGCUCCUGGGUCUUCCUUCUGGCCCAGAGUGUGUCUAGUAAGGGCUCACAGAGCGAGGGAGCGAGCACAGAGUGAGUGUGGAGGCCUCUCUGCUGGGGUUUUCCUGACUCUAGCAGCCUCCUGCCCCUCCCUGGGAGCUGGGGCUGAAAAGCAUCUGGGAGGGGAUAGGAAGGAGGAAGGCUGACUUCCCCAAGCCCAGCCCUGAGGCAGCCACCCUCUCCCCUGCUGUCCCUCUGCCCUGAAUAGAAUUCCCACAGUGGCCAGAGGCUGCGUGUGCAUGUCUGAUCCAUCCAGCAACACCUGCAGCUAGGAGUCACUCCCACUUUGCAGGGUCAGAGGAAGGCGCGUAGGAAAAGGUAACUGAAUUUAAGAAGUAUUUAGAAUGUGAAAGCACUAAAUGUAGAAGGUUGGGAAAGUCUCAGUGCUUCUUGUGGGGGUUGAAAGUUUGGAUUGGAUCUUCACACAUGUGGUCCAGUGCUUCUGUUGUGUUUUCACCUGGGUCAGGCUCAGUCCACAUGCAGUGUCUCUGGUCCUUGUUGAGCAGGGAAUAUAGGGGCAUCACGGGCAGCCAGACUGCCCCACCUGUAGCAGUUAGACUGAUGCCGCAAACACCUUGUCCCCAGGGAGACUGAUGGUUUCGUAACAGAAAGGUGAUCCACACACUAGUUAAAAUAAUUGCACGCCUGUUUUCCGCUUGACCAACGCCUGGCUGUUACUUGCUGGACAGUGAGGUCAGUUUCACCAGCACCGCAUGGACCCCGCUGGUGGAGGUGAUUGCUGGGAGGUUCCCCAGGGAGCCCACCUCAUCGGUUAAGCGGGGCACAGUACUCUCCAUCCAUUUCAAGCUCCCUUUGGUCACUAGACUUAUUUUUGA